UUCAACAUGGCCAAAUUCAAAACCAUGAAAUAUACUAGUGUUUCAUGGUUACUCUUCUUUGGUUUAAUAAUACCAUCUUGUUUAGCCUACAAUGUGGUUAAUUUUGGGGCUAAGGGAGAUGGAAAAACAGAUUCAACCUUGGCUUUUCUUGGUGCUUGGUCAGCUGCUUGCACCUCGACUAGUCCAUCGAAUGUUUACAUUCCACAAGGAACGUUUUUGGUAAGGACGUUAAGUUUUAAUGGUCCUUGCCGUGCAAGAAUUGAGUUCCGAAUUGAUGGUAUGCUCAUUGCUCCGGUUGAUUAUAAUGCAAUUGGCAAGUCUGAGUUCUGGAUUAUGUUUUAUAAGGUAAGUGAGCUUAUAGUGUAUGGAGGAACCAUUGAUGCCAAAGGAGAUGGUUAUUGGUCUUGUCGAAAGGGUGGAGGUUCUUGCCCACAAGGAGCUAGGUCAAUACAAUUUAUGUGGUGUAACAAUGUACUGUUAAGGGGCUUAAAAUCACUCUACAGUCAAAGAGUACAUGUGGGGAUUGGUUACAGCAGCAAUGUGAGAAUUGAAUAUGUGGCAAUAAUAGCCCCAAGUGGAAGCCCAAACACUGAUGGAAUUCAUGUGCAAAACUCAAGGGGGGUUACUAUUUAUGGUAGCAACAUUAAGACUGGAGACGACUGCGUUUCUAUUGGGUCUGGCUCCAUGAACUUGUGGAUUGAAAAAGUUGCAUGUGGCCCUGGACAUGGCAUCAGCAUUGGAAGUUUGGGACAAGUCAACAAUGAACCUGGAGUUGCGAAUGUGACAGUAGUAAAUUCGGUUUUCACAAAGACGCAAAAUGGUGUUAGGAUAAAGUCUUGGGCAAGACCAAGUGAUGGCUUUGCCAAAAAUCUCAACUUCAGAAACCUUGUUAUGAGGAAUGUUGGAUACCCUAUCAUCAUUGACCAAAAUUAUUGUCCUGAUAAUAGUUGCCCUCGUCAGAGUUCAGGAGUGAAGGUGAGUGAAGUAACAUUCAAGAAUGUGCAAGGUACAUCAUCUACGCAAGCAGCCAUAAAAUUUGAUUGCAGUCCUUCAAAUCCAUGCAGUGGAAUCAAAUUGCAAGAUAUAAAGCUCACUUUCAAUGAUCGUUUGAGAAGGCCAGCCUUUGCCUACUGUGCAAAUGCAAGGGGAAGCCACGGAGGCACAGUCAUUCCUAAAAGUUGCUUCUGAUGAAACUGAAAAAAGCCCUCUACAGAUCAAAAUUUAUUCUUCAUUGUAUAUAUUUCCCAAAAAGUCAUUUCUCCUUAUAUUUUCUUUUAUUUUACUCAUUUGUCAGUGAAAAGACAAAAUUGUUUAGUGGGUUUAAAUUAAUAAGAGAAGGUUAGUGCCGA